AUGCAAAAAAUUUCUCUAAUAAACAAUCAUUUCGUUGACUCACAGAAAGACGUCUGGGUUCUUAGGAAUAUCACACCAUUAGAAUUCAAAAAGGUUGGAGACUUAAAAGGAAAAACUCUAUUUGUCACAGGAGCCUCUAGAGGAAUCGGACUGGCAAUUGCUCUCAGAGCAGCUAGAGAUGGAGCUAACAUUGCCAUCGCUGCAAAGACUGUGACUCCCAAUCCUAAACUUGAAGGUACCAUCUACACUGCUGCUGAGGAAAUCAAGAAAGCAGGAGGAUAAUGUCUACCAAUAAGUUGUGACAUUAGAGAUGAAAAGAGUGUAAAGGACGCUAUAGAAUAGACAGUUAAGCACUUCGGUGGCCUUGAUAUUCUAGUAAACAAUGCCUCAGCUAUUUACCUUACAAGAGUAGAAGAGACUGACAUGAAGAAGUACGAUUUAUCAAUGUCAGUAAAUGCCAGAGGCACCUUCUUGGCUUCUAAGUAUGCCAUUCCACAUCUUAAGAAGUCUAAGAAUCCACAUAUUCUCACAAUUUCACCACCUCUCCCAGAAAUCAACAACAAAAUCAACUGGUUCUCAGUUACAGGUACUGGAUAUACUCUGUCCAAAUUUAGCAUGUCUCUAAUAACUCAUGGUUUGUCAGGGGAACUUAAGGAUGACGGUAUUGCCUGCAACACACUCUGGCCAAGAACCACUAUUGCAACUGCAGUUGUCUAAAAUCUGCUUGGAGGUGAUGAUGCUGUCACAAAAUCUAGAUCCGUUGAGUCAAUGGCAGACGCAGCUCAUGUGAUUUUGACAAGCUGCUCUAAAUCAACAACAGAUAACUCUUAUAUUGACGAUGAGGUGAUUUCCUCUGUCCAUGGUCCAGAUAUGAGCAAAUACAAAGUAAAUACCAAGAUCAACGAAAUUGAUUUAAUGCCAGAUUUCUUUGUAUGA